GCUAGGGUGUAGGGACGGGAAUCUAUAAUUUCUGAGAACUGCACUCACAUUUUAACCUGGCAAACGGAAUCCGCUCUUGACAGACGGAAAACAGGGCGUAGGCUAUAUGCUGACAUAUACUGAUAGGGAGAAAAUCCGAGCCAUCUGACGUGGAAGGAUUUAUAGGUUUAGACGAAAUUGCUUUCCGACAGUGAGAUCAAAUACAGUGGUAUGUUUCAGUGUGUAUAUGUGUCUGUAGUAUUUCACAUUGAUUUGGCGCGAACGGUAGCCUACCAAGGAUCAUGCCCGAGGCACGUAAAACGUUUUCACUGUAGCCUUUAUUUUCUGAAACUGGACUUUUGGACAACUGGGUCCAGAACGCUGUCAGUGUGGAAAUUAUGUCCACGGAUGUCCUACUACUGCUGCUACUUGCCUGGAUGGUCGGUGCUUCUGGGAGGUCAAUUGGUCCGAGGGGACACGUGCGUCAGACCUACAGCCAAAUCAGAUUCAUACGAGAAGUACCAUCGACUGUACAAGGACGUCAAAAAGUUAGCAGCCCUAUACUGAGAAGAAGUCCAGAUAUGACCAAAACCACCAUGACAAAGUCAGAGCAGCUUUUAAGCAUAAAUGACCACGACUUCACAAUGAGGCCUGGCUUUGGAGGACACACUGUUCAAGUUGGAGUUGAUGUUCAGGUAGAAAGUCUGGACACAAUCUCAGAAGUUGACAUGGACUUCACCAUGACCUUGUAUAUUAGGCACUACUGGAAAGAUGAGCGCCUUUCUUUCCACAGCACCACCAAUAAGAGCAUGACCUUCGACGGGCGCCUGGUCAAGAAGAUCUGGGUGCCAGACCUGUUCUUUGUCCACUCCAAGAAGUCUUUCACACACGACACCACCACAGAUAAUGUCAUGCUGAGAGUCUACCCUGAUGGCAAGGUGCUCUACAGCUUAAGGGUGACGGUGACAUCCAUGUGCAGUAUGGACCUGAGUCGCUUCCCUCUGGACACACAGACCUGCUCCCUGGAGAUCGAGAGCUAUGCGUACACAGAUGACGACCUGAUGCUCUACUGGAAGAAAGGGAACAAUUCCCUGAGUACUGACGAAAGGAUCUCCCUCUCCCAGUUCCUCAUCCAGGAGUUCCAUACUACCAGCAAAAAAUCCUUCUACAGCAGCACAGGCUGGUACAACCGUCUGUACAUCAACUUCACCCUGCGACGCCACAUCUUCUUCUUCCUGCUGCAGACCUACUUCCCUGCCACUCUGAUGGUCAUGUUGUCCUGGGUGUCUUUCUGGAUCGACCGCCGGGCCGUACCGGCCAGGGUUCCUCUGGGUAUCACCACGGUGCUCACCAUGUCCACCAUCAUCACUGGAGUCAACGCCUCCAUGCCCAGGGUUUCCUACAUCAAAGCUGUGGACAUUUACCUCUGGGUCAGUUUUGUGUUUGUGUUCUUAUCGGUGAUAGAGUACGCUGCAGUGAACUACCUGUCUACAGUGCAAGAACGGAAGGAAAGAAAGCUACGAGAAAGGCUGCCCUGCACCUGUGGCAUGACCCACCCAGGCAUGAUGGGUAGCUACAGCGAGGAUGAUGUCAACAACACUGGGAACUAUGGCGGUGAGCCGAUGGAGAACGGCGCUGCAAUGCAGCAAAGGAUGAUGGUCCAUCUGGACUUUGAGGAGAACGACCAGAUCACAGGACACGUGGGCUCCAGCGCUUACAGCAGCAUGUGGAUCGACACCCACGCCAUAGACAAGUACUCCCGGGUCAUCUUCCCUGGGUCCUAUAUUCUGUUCAACAUCAUCUACUGGUCCUGCUACCUCUAACGCUGCACAGAAUGGGAUGGAGGUAGACAUACCCACAGAACUAGAAUGAAUUCUAUUAAUUCUAAUGAGUUAUAUGAAUUAUAUUAUUUUUCUACGAAAAUACCCAGGGUGUAUGCACCUGGAAAGGAACCACAACUCUGACGAUGUGAUGAUGCAAAAUGCUAAACCAUGGUACCUGGAUUUCUGUACCUGAGAUAUAGAGGGCAUGCCAUGCACAGCACACGGACUCAAACACAGCAGUUAUUGUCAUUUUGAACACCUAUAUGUUGGUGUUUUAUAUGUCCGGGGAAGUAAUGAGUUCAUGUAAUGAUUAAUAAGUAAUGGGCUGGCUUGUAUCCGUAGCUGAAAACUUCAUUGAGUUUUUAUCCACAUUGAGAAUUGCAAAACUGUCAUUUAGUUUAGUUGUCAUUGCCAAUAUAAACUCAGCAAAAAAAGAAACUUCCUCUUACUGUUAUUUUCAGCAAACUUAACAUAU